UGACCAGGACAAGGCAAUGGAAACAGCAAUAAAAGAUGUCUUCCCAAACACAGUGCAUAGGUGCUGCAAAUGGCACGUCCAGCGAAAAGCAAGGGAAAAGUUGGGUAGGAUCCUGAGCAUGGAUGAAAAUUUUGAGCAGGUUUUCUAUGGGGUUAUCAAUGAUUCGGAGACGGUGGAUGAGUUCGAGGAGAAUUGGCAGCAUAUGCUGCAUUGCUUUGAAUUGGUUGACAACAGACAUCUAAGCAACAUGUGGCGUAAGCGAGAGACAUGGGCUCCAGCAUACUUCCGAAAGAACUUCUUCCCAUUUACAAGCACUACAGGGUAGUCUGAGGGUCUCAACUCCUACUUCAAGACAUUUGUCAACCCUCAAGACUCUGUCUGGAGAUUUGUACAACAAUAUGAGGUGCUUCAAGAAACAAUGUUGGACCGUGAAGAUAAUCAAUAUUUCAUAGGCCACGCAACAACUGCACCACUUUACUCAAGGUACAACUUUGAGCGCCAAGCAGUUCACUUCUAUACCCGAAGCGUGUUUCUCAAGUUUCAAAAAGAGGUCAUGGCAUCAACAGGCUUCAUCAUGAACCUGGCCCCUGCUCUUGACAAUGCAAGCGUGAGGUUUGAGCUGCACUCAAAUUACUUUGAGAACCCCCGAAUAUUUUCAGUGAAUGUUGUGUUGGCAGAGGAGAAGUUUGAAUGCAGCUGCAACUGUUUUGAGAUGAAUGGGAUUAUUUGUGCACACAUCAUAAGGGUAAUGGUGCAUCUCAAUGUCCAAAAAAUUCCACAAAGAUACAUGCUAGAGAGGUGGUCAGAAGCUGCGACAACGGCAAUGAGCGGUGGUGGAUGUCUCCUAGAUUUUGGGCACCCUGCAACCAACACUCUCAAGUACAACGCCUUGUGCAGAAAGUAUACAUGGUUGGCUUCACAAGCUUGCAGCAACGAUCUUGCCUACAAAAUAAUGAAUGAUGCAGCUCACCAACUUGAGCCCCUCAUAGCUGCAGCAAAGCAAGGGGCACUCCCAGAACAACAGGAAGCAAAUCAGCCGCAAGCAAUGCAACAACAACAAACCCCCGAGCCAACCACUGUGCCGCAACCUGAUGGCGAUGCCAUGCUUCAGAACCCCGCACGUGUUCCAAAAAAAGGGCGUCCGACUGAAAAAUCAAAGAGGAGAAAGACUCUGCUUGAGCAACGAGAAGAUGCACAUAAGAAUAAAGCUAAGAAAGAUGAAAAGAAGCAAACCAAGCCCAGAGGAAAACCUGGACCAAAGAAGAAAGCGCCUCCUUGUUCGUACUGCAACGAAGAAGGUCACGGUGUCCAAACAUGCCAGUACUUGAAGGCUGCAAUGGGGGUCAAAAAAUGUCCCUACUGUGAAGAGCAAGGUCAUGCUGUGCAAGAAUGUCCCUACCUAAAAGCUGCAAUGAAGACAGAUGCUAGCAUGGCUAGAGCAACAGAGCUUAGGCUGUGAUCAACUUCGACCAGAAAAAGAAAAAGAAAACUCUCUUGCUACUACACAUUUGUAAUAUUGGUUACAUAGAUUAGUUUAUUGACAAAGAGAAUGGUGCAAUUUACAUUAGAGGACAAAAAGUAGUUAUUUCAUCAUGCAUUGAGUUGUGCCUGAUAUAAUGUUCUUCUUUUUCUGAAAUUACAAUUCCCCUUGUUGCUUAUGAUAUUGUUGCUGGCUCAUUGUACUUCCACCAUUGUAGCUUUUAUUUUGAAAGGUUUCCUUGGGACAACAAUGCAUGAUGUUGUUGCUGGCUACUUAAACAUACAAGUACAUUGAAGCAUCCUGUUUUAAAAACUUUUCCAUAAAAAACACACUGGAGAAACUGCAGCAAAAACUUUUGACAUGCCCGUUGCCACAUAGAAAGGAUAUUGCAUUACAUUUCCUUUUGUUUUAGUGAGAUUGAAAAGUUAUGAAGAUGAAGAGAAACAACAGCCCGACAAUCGCCCCAACCCCACCCUAUUGUUGCGAUUAUUCAACUUCACACACGAUUACAUGUGUGAGUACAGUGUAUUGACUUUCAUUGAUGAUGUCGAACUUCACUGUAAUUACUAAAUCCAUAUAAAAAAGGUGUAUAUUCACUGUAAUUACUAAUUCCAUAUGAGUAAUAGAGAUACUAGCAGAUA